CUAGCAUGCAUCUCUCUCCACGAUCCCACAAUCACGUUGAUUUCUCCCCGACACCUCGCGUCUUCUGCUCCCAAACUAAAGCACAUCGCCACACCCUCCCUGCCUUUGCGUCGAAUCUGCGCCGCUGCGGGCACGACGCCACCCCGCUCGGCGCGCCGCUGCUCCGGCCAGCCACCUCUCCCCGUCGCAGCGGUGCCUUCUCCACCUUCCUGCGGUGGCGGAUCCCCACCUUCCCGGCGAUGCGGCGGCCCCUCCACCUUCCUGGCAGCCAGUCCUCCACCUCCGCGCGCAGAUUGCGUCCCCAUGGGCGCGGCGGCUUCGCAUCCCCAACCAGGGGCGGAUGCCGCUCCCGGCAACGGUAUGGCUCACCCUGCCCCUUCCCGGAACCGGCGGCGCGCGGCUUCCCCUCGUGGUCCGGUGGCCGUGCGACUCACCCGGCCCCUUGCAUAUGCCCUCACGGCGGCGCUCGUUCAUCAUGUGGCAGUGGCCCGGCACCUGUCGUAUCUUCGGCGGUGACAGUAUCUCGAGAAAAAAGGUAUCUCAGGUUUGGUCAAAGCUGCUCUUUUGAGUGCAUUACAAACCACAUUCUCGUUUCAUCCCCAUACAGGCUCAAUUUCACUACAUAGGACACAGGAGGUCAGUUACUAGUUUUUGUUCAUACUAAAGAUGGAAAAGACCAACAAUGAUUUUCCUAUAACUGGUGAUGAAAAGACUGGUUUCUGGCAUUGGAAUCAGACGGCAGGAGAUUUCAGAUUGCAUGUUGAAAUUAUAUAUUUACUGUUUAUUGCUGAUCUGCCCUUUCUGAUGAUUUUUUUCUCUCUAACUCAUUAUUCUGAAAAUAGCCUCAAUUGGCGCUUCUGAAUAAAUAGCAAAUUGUGUUUCUUGUAAA